UGAUCUGUUCCCCAUACUCUAGGGAAGAUUCCGAUAUGAGGGUUUACAUAUUUCUGGUGCUAAUAUCCGUGACAGCCCUCUGCCAAGCGGCGGGACGUGGUCCCAGCCAUAGUGUCACAUGGGGAUCACGCUCCUUCCGGGACAUGCAUCUGCGGCGCGAUAUCAUCACCGAGAAGUCCUCGUUUUUGAGAGUUGUCACAAGGGAUUUAAUCUUCAAUCAAAAUCACAAACUGGCCCGAACCAUCACCCAAAUCGUGAUCACCGACCAGGUCCGCGACGGGCAGGGCGGCUAUGCCUAUCUGCAGGCAGGCGGCCCCCAGACCACCUACGCAAAGAUCCACUUCAAGAGCCAGCGGAACAAGGGAUUCAGCUUCAUCGUGGAUAUCUAUGGACUUUAAGCCGCCAUUCAAUGGAUACUUUUAAUUAUACACGCACUGUAGCCCCCUUCUGACA